AUGCAUGUUCUUUUCCAUAUCCAAGGCCCUCUGAGCGAAACAGCCCGCGAAUCGCUCGACUAUUUAUCAUUUGAUUUUGUCGACAAUCUCACUCUGUCUGAUGCUCUGGUGGUGCAUCAAGCUAUCUCGUGGUUCGAUUUCUACACAAAGGGCCAGGGACAGCUUCGUGAAUUCCAGCUAAGGUCUACUCUGAAGACGCUUUCUGGAGAGAAUGUCAUCGUUCGGGCUGGAACAGGCUAUGGAAAGACAAUGACUAUGAUCCUUCCACUCCUCCUCAGUCCCCAGCCUUCGAAAAUCGCAUUGACAAUCUCCCCGAUGAAGCUCCUUCAACAGAACCACGUCGAGGAAUUCAAUCGCAUGGGCAUCCCAUCGAUUCAGAUCAAUGAGGAUACCCCGGACGACAAGGAGCUGUGGAAGAGAAUCGAACGAGGAUACUACAAGAACAUAUUCAUCGCCCCCGAGCAGCUGUUUCGACUCAAAAACGGCCACAUUCCUCGGCUCGCUUCAUUAAUGUUCACGAACCGUGCAUUCCUCGAGAGCAUUGGUUUCUUUUUUAUAGAUGAAGCGCACUUCAUCGUUCUGAGUGGAUUCCCUCAACGAGGUGAAAAGGAUGCCUUUCGUCCGGUAUACUCACGCCUUGGUGAAAUCCUGCCUCUACUUCGCGAAAAUCCGCCGGUUGUCAUCCUGUCAGCAACCCUCCCUCCCCCAAUCCUGCACACCGUCCUUGAGACGCUCCACCUCGACCUGAGUACAACUACACAGCUCAUGGAGUCUGUGAACCGGCCUAAUCAUGCGUACGCUGUACACCAGCUGUACAGUGGCAUCAAAUGUCUCAAAAACUACGAUUUCCUUGUACCUACUGCACCCAAUGCUGAACGGCCACCAAAGACAGUCGUCUUUAUCGACAGCCGUCUCUCGGCCGCCCGGAUUGCCAGCUAUCUUCGCUGGCGGAUCUCUGACACGCUUAAAUCAAGUAAAGUGGUGUCGCACCUCCAUUCUUCCAUGUCAAGGGAUUACAUUGAUCGCGUUUUUUCCGAGUUCAAGACCUCGAGCGAAAUCUCUGUGCUUGUCUCAACUUCUAUUGCUUCAAAUGGCAUCGAUGUCUCUGACAUUGCACGUGUGGUGUGCAUUGGAGCCUUGUCCAGCCUCGAGCUGAUGCAGCAAGAGUUCGGUCGGGGUGGCCGAAACCCCACAAUCGAAACCAUCUGUCUUGCUGUUGUAGAGCCAUGGGCACUAACCACUGAGGACAGCAAGCCGCAGAGUAACAAGGAGAAGCGAACUGACCCCAGUGUCCGUGAAUAUAUGAGCCUCAAGACAUGUCGGCGCGAUUAUCUGAGGAAAAAGAAUGUUGAUGACAGUCAAAAAGCACUAAAGUUUACAGGAUCCUACUGCUGCGACAACCACAAUGAUGGCUUCAGCCUGACAUCAUUUUUCCCUGGCGCUUUUUUAUACAGUGAUCCUCCAAAACCAAAGAAGUUGUCGAGGCCCACACGUGAUAAUCGGCCACAAGCACAACGCGAACCGCUCCGGGAACUUAUCUGGGCUUGGAGAGACAAAACUCGCCACACCAGCACACUCACACUCAUGUUUCCAACUAACUAUCUUCUUCAAAAACGCGAGGUGGACAAGCUUGUUAAAACGAACCCCAAAUCCCUUUCUUCCCUUGCUAACCUCGUCACAUUCCUAGGAGAGACUCCGGGCUGGGCAAGAGUUUUUGGCCCAGGACUCUUCAAGGUUAUUGAGGAGUACGACAUUCGGGUUCAGGCCGAGAUUCAGGAGAAAAAGCUGGCAAAGAAAACGGCACCAAGGAAACAGAAAAAACUCAAGCAGGAAGAGCUUGACACUGGUGAUAUCCCUCCUCCUCCUCCAACCGCGUUCAUGCAGCAUGUCAGCGAGUUUCAGAUUAAAGAUGAACCUUGGGCCAGUGACCCCGACGCUUCUCAGGCAUUCUCACAGCUCCCUGGACUGUCUAACACGUCUUCUCAAGACGCUUUCACCUCCUCAUACUCUCAGAUUACAUUUGAGGAGCCCCUUGUUGGACGGAUGCAUGUCCCUACUAGUACUAUGCGCCAGCCAAAGCGUUCUGAGCCACCCUCCCAGCCUUCCCAGCCUUUAAAACGAGCUCGUAAGCGUCAGGAGUAG